AUGCCUUCUUCGCGGCGAUUGAAAACAAUAGCGUUGGCAAUAGCGGUGAUAUUCUGCUUCAUCCUUUUCGUCGGUAGAGACACAACCACGCAAGAAUUCUAUACACGUACAGUUGCUGCCCUCGACAAGAAACACGCUUCUGACGCAGAAGCAGCAAGCAAAUGGCGGACGAUAAAAGACCCCGCCAAGAACCAAGAGCCAAUAAGUGACGGCAACACAGCCCAGAAACCACUUGACGAAUCAUCAGACGAUGGCGAGCAGCCACACGGCGAACCAGAAAAGUAUCCAAAGACAGAAUCCAAGGAUGAAGAGGGCGACGAGAAGAGCGUUGCCGGCCGCAAGAAAAUGAAGGGGGAGGGGCACAAAUCAGAUCGGCCGCACAAGUCGAAAGAGGAGCGUCAGGUAGAGGCAGAGAUGAACUCGAUACUGAAGCGCGGUCCCAGUACGUCACUACCUGUUCCUACGCUCCUUUCCCUUUUGCAAGGCCACAUGCUAACAAAACACCCCUCAGUAAUCAUAUUCUCUAAAACAUGGUGCCCCUAUUCCGCGAAAGCCAAAAGAAUCCUAACGGACAAAUAUCACAUCGUCCCCGCCCCGCAUAUCGUGGAGCUGGACCAACAUCCCCUCGGAGGCAAGAUCCAAGACGUACUCGAGAAGACCACAGGCCGGCGGACCGUGCCCAACAUUCUCAUAAAUGGGCGAAGCGUCGGUGGUGGCGACGACAUCGAAGCCGCCGAAAUAGCGGGGACGCUGGUCGAGAAGAUACAGAAUAUGGGCGGGAAACGGCUUACUAUUACGAAGAUGCGGGAGGGCGACUGA